AUGAAACCCAGACUUUGUUUUAAUUCCAGGCGAAGGUCCAUUUCUCCAUGUUAUAUAUCAAUCUCUUGA